GCUUAUGCAUGGCAGGCCAGCCCUUUCAUCUUUGCACAAGGACAGAGCUGGGCUGGAGCCCAUCAGUCUUCAGGGGGGAAAAGUGACCUGCAACCGGCAGUGGAGGGGCAGAAACGGACAGGGAGUGGGUUAUGUAUGUACUGGGUUGGGUGGCAAAUAAUCUUCAACCACAGCUUGGGGCUGGGGAAAAAUUCAGUGCUCAAGCUCUGACUCCCUGGUGCAUCCACAGAGGGCUGCUUCACAGGGUUGGGGAGGAGGGCUGCAGAAGUGCCACUUCUGUUGAGAUGGAAGAGGUCAUGAUCACAGCAGAAGGCUUGGUAAAGCAUUCUUGGGGCAGGAGGGAAAGUCUUCCUCCCCACACACAACUUUUCACUAGUGUGAAAUCCCCUGGCAGGGAGAAGAUCAAACGACAGAGGAGAAGCAGAGGAGGGAGGCGAGGCCGAGGCCGUCAGUCAGUGGUGAAGCUCAGAUCAGAGCUGGAACUGGAGCCAGACCCCCAGCCUGGUCCCCAAGGGGAGGCUGAGCCAGUGCCCUCAGAGCUGUCACCGUUGCAGAUGGUGCAUCAAGAACAGCCACCGGUGCUGACUACUCUGGGCCUGGCUGGUGGGAUGCAGUCCCUGGCUGGUGGGAUGCAGGAAGAGCUGGCAGCCCUGGGCCAGGAUCCUGCCACGGAUGAAGUCGAGGUGCUGAACCUGGCAGCAGCAGCAGAGAUACCAGAAGACUUGAAUACUCCUCUGGAAAAUGAUCACCUGGAUAACUAAAACAUGACAAAACAUUUUAAGAGCCUAGAAAAUGAAAAUGGAAUAUGUGUGCUGUAUUUGUUUUUCAUGUUAUCAGACAUCUGCCUGAUAAACUCUGACAAGCAAUUUUGACCUUCCUUAUGAGUAAUAAAGCUCAUACUCUCCUGGUCA